AUGGCUCCUAACGUUGCUUCCUCCCACAGUGCCCGGAUUCAAUCUUUCCAAGUCGACUCUGUGCAGCGAUGGAUGGAGGACCUCCGCCACAUGACGGAGGUGGAGUGCAUGUGCGUCCUCCAGGCCAAACCCAUCGGGGUGGAGGAGGACUCCCAGCAAGGAGAGCUGAUCGUGGGCGCCGGGGUCGGUGCAGGGGACCAUGUGGCCAGGAACAACCUGCAGAUCCUCCUCCGCCGAGCGCUGGUGGUCAGCACCGAGCUCGGCAAGAUGUUCCAGCGGCUGGAGAAAGGACGCUGGCAGAGAGUCCACAGCACGGCCGUACGAGCCAACUGCCACGUCCGCUCGCUGGUGCAUGAGUACAGCGCCGCCAGGAGUACCCCACCUGAGAUGCAGAAGUAUGAAACAACUUUACUGGAGAAGUGCAUGGAGCUGACUAAUAUUACAGAGAGGUGCCUUCACACCGACGAUGAAUUCUUCCUUAAAUCCAUGAGAGAGGCCAUUCAUGAGAUCCUCACUGAUGUCAGUGACUCAUUCAGCAACAUGAUCGACAUGGCCUUAGCCAAUGAGAUCAGGGUCCUGAUCAAACAGAUUGAAUCGUCUGACAGCGUUCACAUCAUCGGCAGUGCCAUUAGCAACCUGUUGUCCCUCACUCAGGACGGACCUCAGCUCUGCAGCAUCAUUGCCAAGGAAGGAGCUGUGGUGGCCCUGUUUAAGAUCUGCAGGCAGGACCGCUUUAAAGACCUCUAUGCUCACGCUCUGAGAACUGUGGCCUCCAUCUGCUGCGUGGAGGAGGGCAUCAACCAGCUCGACAAGGUGGAUGGGAUCCUGUGCCUGGCGGACAUCUUGACCGAUGACAGCAGCGUGGAAGCAGCCCGGGCCGAGGCGGCGGCGGUUGUGGCUCAGAUCACCUCGCCUCACCACACGUCCACGCAGCACCUCGCCAGCUUCCUGGAGAGCAUGCACGACAUCGUCACCUCGCUCAUCAAGUUGUGUGAGAGCGCCUCCUGUGGUGAGGUGUUCCUCCUUGCGUCUGCAGCCUUGGCCAACAUCACCUUCUUUGACAGCAUGGCCUGUGAGAUUCUCCUGCAGCUCAACGCCGUCCACAUCCUGCUGCAGGCCUGCAACGACAGACAGAGGGUUGACACACCCUACUCCAAAGACCAGGUGGUGACCAUCUUGGCGAACCUCUCAGUUUUAGAGCAGUGUGCUGCUGAAGUCCUGCAGGAGCAAGGAACAGAGCGGUUGCUGCUGCUGCUGGGAGAGAAACCAUCCUCCUCCAGUCCAUCAGAGGGCGCCGCCUGCGAGCGAGUCCAGCAGAAAGCUGCCGUCACUCUGGCCCGUCUUAGCAGAGACCCUGAUGUGGCCCAAACAGCCAUCCAUCUGAAAGCGGUUCCUCUUCUCAUUGAGCUGUGUCGUUCCCCUACUGAGAGAAAUAACAGCGACUCAGUGCUGGUCGCCUGCCUGGCUGCCCUGAGGAGACUGGCAGCAGGGUGUCCAGACAGCAUCGAGGCAGCGGACCACCAGCAGCUCAUCAAACCGCGGCUGGUCGACUCCUUCCUGCUGUGUUCUAACAUGGAGGAGAGCUUUGUAUGAUGGCCUGCACACCGAACACAGAGAGCAGAGUGCUGAGCUCGUGCACCAGAUCAUGUACACAUAAUGUUUCAUAUCACAGAGACGACUAAAGAGCAGGUUGACUCCAAAACAUUCUGAGUGAGAAUUAGUUUUUCCCUAAAAUUUUCUCCUGGACCCGUUUGGAAUUGGGUAAACGGAGCGGAGCUGCAGCAUGUCAGCUUGAACGGAUGCAGAUCUGUAAAUGUACAUUCACGUUCAGCCGAGUGCAACUCAGUGACGACAUCAAAUCCAAGGAAUGUGUGCGAGUUCAGUAGUUAUGUUUUUGAUAGUGGUUAUUCAUUAAUUAUUGUGUAUGAGUGGGUGCUACUCUUUGAAAAGGAACGUAUAAGCUGUUGUGAGUGAAACACUUUACCUGUUACCACUGUGGAAUGUUUUUGUUCUUGUCUGACGAUGUUGUAUCCGAAGUAUUUCAACUAUCUGAGAACAGGGGACGAUGUUGACUUAGCGAAGUGGAUGAUACAGUAACAUGCCUCCGUCCAUCGUCUGAAGCAUUAACCAUUGAUGGUGUUGUUCCGAACUAUUUCCUCUCAACUCUUCAUAAGCAGGUUUUUAAAAAACAUGUUUUCAAUCAGCCGCCACUUUAUUCAGUCAACUCUUAAAAACUAAAUUAUUACAGUUAGAACUAUUAUGUGUUUUCACUAUGUAUGUUAUCUGUGUAUAUUAAUUGACAAGGCACUAUUAGUAUUUAAUUUUUUAACUGAAGCAUGAUCUAUUUGUCCUGGCGUGGAAUAUAUUGUUUCAUAAAGAGCUUUGAAUGGAAUGUUGAACUUAAUUUUCCAUAAUCUCUAUUCUGACAUAUUUGCUACUCGAAAAUGAAUCUUUUUUUAUAAAGUCUUUGGUUUGAAUAUGAAGUUGCAUUUUAUUUAAAUAGAAUUACCAUUAUUGUAUGCCAUACAUGGAAUAAAGGCAAUCAUCCAUCUAAA